AUGGACAUGGACUUCAUAAAACCAGCCUCGUUUACGGUGCAGGGGAGGGAUACCCCAGUACAGGCGUCCGAGAGUGCGAAAGCAGGCUCUUUGGCGUCUUCAUCCAGUGACUGCAGCAUGUUGGAGGUGGCCCGCUCGGCCUCCAUUAUGUCUAGGACUACGAGUGAAGUGUGUAAGGGCAGGAUGAAUACGGCGGGCGUGCCCCCCGCGGGACUUACAGAGGUACCCGCCGUCGCUAACACACAGUGGAAGGAUGCCUUCUCUAAAUUGGAGAGCCUCAUCUAUGGCCUACACGACCUGAUCCAACCGAAGACGAAUGUGCACCGAGAAAUAAAAACAAAGGUGACAUCAAUCUGCAGCGCUAUGCGCAGAUUGAAGGAAUUGGAGGUGACACAAGCCAGGCAGGCCAGUAUCCCAGUGGCAGUGGCGGGAAAGGACGGCGGAUGUACUCCUCAGGCAGCACAGCGCAGUAGGAAGGACUCGGAGACUACGGUGAAGGACACCGACGCUGAGGAUGACCGGGAGUCUCGUAAAGGACUUCGAAGGAAACGGUCGAAAGACUCACCGGGCACCAUAAAUCAAGUGCCGAAGAAGUGCAAGCAGUACACGCCGGCUAGACAGGCUGACUUGCCCAAGCAGACGGGCGAGAAACCACCCGCUCAGCCGGACUGGGUCGUGGUAAAGGGAAGGAGAAAGCCGACCGGGCUCAGACGCGAGGACGGGGCAGGCAAGGUGAAAAGGAAGAAGCAGGACGGGCCUCGCCGAAGGCCGCAAGUGCGACCUGAUGCCCUUAUCGUACGCCCCGUGAGCAAGGAGCAAUACUGUGACAUCCUCCGCCGCGUUAAAAAGGAGGUGCCACAGGACCAGGCGGCAUGCGUGCAGAGCAUUCGCCGAACAACAACAGGUGACAUGCUCCUAACACUGAGGAAGGCGACCGAUGGGGCCCCUCAACUAAGGAAGACCAUCGCUGAUCUGCUGGGGGACGAUGCUGAGGUAGUCAGCAAGGGACCACAGGAGGAGCUGGAGAUCAAGGACCUCGAUGAAAUCACCACGAAGGAAGAGGUGCUCGAGGCCCUGCAGGCAGCCGCGGGGGAGGAAUUCUCCAUCGACAUCGGUGCUGUGAAAGCAGUGCGAAAGGGCUUCCGAGGAACCCAGACGGCGGUGGUCUCACUGGCAGCUAAGGUUGCUAGGAAAGUUGUCGGGGACACCUCCAAAAUCAAGAUCGGUUGGGUCAACUGCCGCAUUGUGAGGGUGGAAAGGCCACCCAAAUGCUACAGGUGCUGGCAUUUUGGACAUAUGGCCAUACAUUGCAAAAGUAAGGUGGACAGAUCCAGGCUAUGCACCAAAUGCGCUGAACCAGGACACAAGGCGAGCGAGUGCAAAGCCACUCCGAAGUGCGCGAUCUGUGCGGACAACGACAGCAAGGCAGACCUGGAGCAUAUAGCCGGCGGGGGCAGGUGUCCAGAGUUCCGUGCCGCUCUCCAGAAGAAGACUUGUAACGGCAGGAAAUGA